AGCCCAAGAAUUCAAACCGGACUACACGGUAUGCGAUGAACGCGUGCACCAAGGCACGCAUUAAUGGCGCGUGGUCCUCGAACGUACCGGUCAGUCUGUCGUCGACCCGUUUUUCUUCGAAACCACGAAAAGCAAGAUUAGGGCUCGCUUUCGAACCAGUUCCUGAAUCUUGAUCGAUUUCAACAGGAGAAAUGCCACGUUGAUCCAACACUACUCUCGCUUCCUCCAUGGACGAAUCUUACAAUAACCUUCCCACCAGUCACUUGCUCGGCUCAGUUCCAGCUGUUGUCAAUGAAGAAAAGAGCAUAGCUACCUAUGAGGUCCCAGAAGCAAAUUUACAAAUAUUUCCUCCUAAUAAUGGAGCAAGAGGGGGGCAGGGAUAUCAAGCUCCUGAAAGUCCAGCUGAAGGAGAUGGACCACAACAAUCAGCAAGCAACUGGAAGGGAGUUUUUAGCAUCUCAUCAUAUACACAAUAUUUCAAUGUGGAUACAGAUGUUGUCCUGAACAGAUUAAUAAGCUCCUUGCAUCCCAUUGGUGGAGAUUUUUUCAGCAAGAUUGAUGCCAACCCUGAUUUAUAUGGACUUAUCUGGACCUCCACUACAUUGAUAUUUGUGAUUGCUGCCCUUGGAAACUGUGCCACCUACCUGACAAAGAGACAGAGUAACAGCAGUACAACUUGGAGCUUUGAUGUCGGCUAUCUGAAUUUGGCCGCUUGUUCAAUCUAUGGCUAUGCACUUGUGGUGCCAGUGGCAUUUUACUUCUUACUUCAGUAUCUGGGUUCAAAUGCUAGUCUUGUACGCUUCUGGUGCCUGUGGGGAUAUUCUCUCUUCAUUUUUAUUCUCAGCUCUGUCCUGUUAACUAUUCCGGUUGAGUUUCUGCGGUGGCUCAUCAUAGUCCUUGCAGGUGGUGCAUCAGCUUGCUUUGUUGCCUUGAACCUGAGGUCCUACGUACAGGGUAACGACAUAACUCUGGUGAUUGUUGCUUCAUUUGUUUUGCAAAUGGGUCUGGCACUCUUCAUUAAGAUCUGCUUCUUUCCUUAAAAGUCUCACCAAGUAUGGCAAACAUAUGAAGUCUUCAAUUUCAAAUUUCUGUUUUCUGUGCUCCAAAAGAUUGAAAAGAUGUUAGCUGAGAUGGAAUUUCUCUGGAGAACAAUUUUCUAUAUGGUUUCAAAUUACCCACUAGCUUGUGUUGUAGUGCAAUGAAGAGAUUGAGAGAUUGAUGAGGAAUGUGGUGUGUAGUGUAAUACUGGUUUUGGAGUUGGGGUUGGUCUGAGUGGCACUGUACUUUGGUCCUCAGCUUUUAGGAGACCAAUCUCAGGAGAGGAUAGAAUAACCGAUGUUAUUUCAAAACAUUUUGUUCUUUGUUUUUCCUUGGAAUCUUUCAAACUUGGUUGUGUAAAUAUGAAAUGUUAUCAUAAAAUGUUGUUUCAACGUCU